AUGUCCCUCCUCGCGUGGCUGGGGUGGAGUGAGGCCCCUUCGCGCCUGUCGUCACGGAGCCCGGCUGACAUGGUGCUGGAGACGCUCAUGAUGGAGCUGGCGGGGCAGAUGCGUGAGGCCGAGAAGCAGCAGCGCGAGCGCAGGCAGGCGGUACGCAAGGUGUGCACGGGCGUGGACUACAGCUGGCUGGCCAGCGCACCGCGGCCCUCCUAUGACCUCAGCCCCGGCGAGCGGCUGCAGCUGGAGGACGUGUGCGCCAAGAUCCACCCGUCCUACUGCGGACCCGCCAUCCUCCGGUUCCGCCAGCUGCUGGCCGAGCGGGAGCCUGAAGUGCAGGAGGUGGCCCGGCUGUUCCGCACCGUGCUGCAGGAGGUCCUGGAGAGAAUGAAGCAGGAGGAGGAGGCCCAUAGGCUGACCCGCCAGUGGAGCCUGCGUCCACGCGGCAAUCUGGGUACCUUCAAGACGCGCGCGCGCAUCGCCCCCUUCGCCAGCGACAUCCGCACCAUUUCGGAGGACGUGGAGCGCGACGCGCCGCCACCGCCCCGCACCUGGAGCAUGCCUGAGUUCCGGGAUCCCAAAGCCGACUGACUGGAAGACCCUAGAGGGCUUCCUCCUAGACACCGUGAGGUGGAGCAACCUGGGCCCUCUCCAGGGGCACUUCCUCCGGAUCCUUACCCAUCUUCCAGUCCUGCCUUGUUUGACAAGCCCUGGCGCCUCACCCCAAUUUCAGGACUGUGCCGCUCACCUCCUCCCCUCCCCAGGGACCUGUGGGAUGGUGUCCCUUCUCUGCGGGUAACUUGGCUGAUCCUCUACUGUAGGUGGUUCCAGCCCCGUAGGCCCGCAGGGCUGAGAGGGAUCCUGGCAACUGUGGGAUCCACUGUCCGCACCUAGGGAACAGAGAAACCGAGCCAAGGACAUGUUCCUCCAGCUGCACCCGGCAGGACGAGGUGGAUCCUGUACCCACAGUCUCCACCCCAGGCUUUGAAGCCAGCUGUGCUGGGACAAGUCAGCCCUGCCAAGGGGUGGAGGGCUGAUGGGGUGGAGCCAACCUGCCCACUGUCCCACCCACAGCCUCAUCUCCUGGGCUCUGACCAGCCCCCCAGGUUCUUCCCAGCCACCUUCUAGACCUGCUGUGCUAGACGCCUGACUCUGUGCUCCAAGGCUGCCCCUCUCUUUGGUCACAUUUGCUCUCUGGCUUUCUACAGAAAGCGAUGCCCAAACCUCUAACUGACCUUGUAGCUGGGUGAAAUGUUCUAUAAAUGGAUCCUACGAGCACCGCAGAUCCUUCAUUUUCUUUC